AUGGCGAAUCAGGCAGCUUUUGCAGCCUUCUUACUUUUCGUUUUGGCCGUCUUCUCCAACUUUGACCUCUCAGCUUCUUCUCUUGUUCGUGGCAAGGUCUCUUGCCUUGACUGCCACCGCGAUUUCGACUUCUCAGGCAUUAAGAUUCUCUUGAAGUGUGACGGAGAAAAGAAACCGGUGACUGCCAUGGCGGCUUCAGACGGAUCCUUCAGGUCAGUGCUUUCUACGGCCAACGAAAAAGUCUCUAAGAAUUGUCUUGCGAAGAUCUUGGGAGGUCCUGAGCAGCUAUAUGCUCACAAACACAACUUGGUCUCUGAAUUGGUCAAGUCCAAACACGAUUCCAGAGUUUUAACUACUUUAAACCCACUUUCCUUCUCUCUCUCAUGCCCCAAACCAACCGGAGAUAAUGUCGGAAAUAUGAUCGGAGAUUCCAAGACUAUUAACUUUCCGGGGACAGGAGGUUUUGGAUUCCCACCUAUGAGCUUCUUUCCCUUCAUACCAAUCAUUGGCAUACCAUGA